AUGAGCGGCAUUUGCCGGCCGGAGCGGCGGUUCCCUCGCUGCAUCCCGUCUCUGCCGGGCAGGAUUCCCGGGAACCUGGAAAACGUCCGGAGCGACAAGACGCCCGGCUUCAUGCCGGAGGUGCUGGCCCUGCUGCGCGCUUGCACGCAUAAGCUGCAAAGCGCCCCGGAGCCCGGCGCCGUGCCGGCGCUGGAGAACGCGGUCACCUACGCGCUGCACCUCUGCGAGUGCCUGCUGGACCCCUACCAGACGUGGAGGCGGCAGCUGAGCGGGGAAGUGGUCAGCGCCGCGGAGAAGAGCAAGUACAAGUUCACCCCUGCCGUGCUGCCCCCCGAGUUCGGCGCCUUGUUCCAAGAGAGUUUCCAAGCCAGCGUGCAGCUCCCGGAUGCGCUCCAGCUCCGGCUCAUCCAUCUUUUCGGAGCCAUCCUCUCUGGAGACAAGGUAGCAGCAGGGGCCGUGGCGGCUGCGUUCACCUGGGUCUACGCCAUCCCCGCCAUGCUGCGCUGCGACGACCGCCCCGUGCUGCAAGCCGUCUUCCUCAGCAACAACUGCUUCGAGCACAUCAUCCGCCUCAUCCAGAACAGCAAGCUCUACCUCGGCAACAAGCAGGAGGCAGGUGGCCACGAGCUCGAGCUCUCGGCACCGGAGCAGCCGUCCGAGGUCGCGGACGGCGCGGCCGUCGCGGUGCACGCCGUCGCGGUGCUCACCUCCAUCAUGAGCGACUCGCCGUCGGCCAAGGACGUGGUGAACUGCGUGGGCGGCAUGGGCGUGCUGCUGCCGCUGCUCGAGCGAGUGGCGGCCGAGCCGGAGGAGGCCGGGGACGAGCCGGAGGCCAACGAGCUGGUGGGUCCCGAGCUGACGUCCUGCAGGAGCGCCCAGGGCCUCCUCAUCCCGCUGGGCAAGUCCUCAGAGAGCCGUCUGGAGAGGAACAGCGUGGCCGCCUUCCUGCUGCUGGUGAAGAACUUCAUCCAGAACCACCCAGUGAACCAGGAGAGCCUGGUGCAGUGCCACGGGCCGGCCAUCAUCGGGGCGCUGCUGCAGAAGGUCCCCAGCCCGCGGCUGGACAUGAGCCUGCUGAUGGCCUCGCAGAUGCUCAUGGAGCAGGUGGCCUCCGAGGGCAGCGGCCUCCUGCUCCACCUGCUCUACCAGCACCUCCUCUUCGAUUUCCGCAUCUGGAGCAACAGCGACUUCGCCGUGCGCUUAGGUCACAUCCAGUACCUGGCCAACAUCGUCAAGGACCACAAGCAGCGCAUCCGCAAGAAAUACGGCGUGCAGUACGUGCUGGACUCCAUCCGGACGUACUACGGCACCCCCAAGGAGAAGCCCACGGCGUCCGACAACGUCAAGACGGUGCAGACAUCCCUCUUCAGCCUGGUGAAGGACUUCUUCUGCAGGAGCUUCUCCGCGGAGGAGAUGCAGAGCUUGCUGAGCUACGUGGUCGCAGCGCAGGACGAGCAGCAGGUGUGCGGCGCCCUGGAGGUGAUCCACAGCCUGCUGAAGGGCUCGCCGGCCCAGGAGCAGCUCUUCGCCUUCCUCUUCGAGCCGGGCAACGUGGAGGUCCUCUUCUCGCUGCUGGUGCAGAAGAAGUUCUCGGAUGAAGUGCGAGAAAGGGUCUUCAAGAUCCUCUACAAGAUGCUCAAGUACGAGAAGGUCCCCGAGCGCAGCAAGAACCGCCUGAAGCUGAAGGACAUCGGCUACCAGGGGCUCAUCGCCUACCUCAGUGACGUCCCCAGCUCCGUGCUGCUCUUCCGCUGCCUCUCAGAGCAGGUCCUUGGCGCAGAUCCCCCCAACUACAAGGACCUGGUGGCCGUGGUUUACCUGUCCCACCGCGCCGAGCUGACCGUCCGGCUCGAUAUCUGCCGUAAGCUCUUCCACUUGAUCUACUCCCAGCACGACAUGGUGAAGCAGCUGGCAAAGCUGGCGGGCUGGCAGGACACGCUCACCAAGCUCUACGUCAAGGAGUCCACGAGUCCCGCCAGCACACCUCCCCUUUAUGGCGUCUACCAGCCGCUCUCGCCCUUCUCCACCUCUCCGUUCGACCUGGGGCUGGACCUGGCCAGCACCAGCUCCAUUGCCACGGCGGAGAGCGGGAACCGGACCCCGGCCAGCGGCCCCGGCACCCCAUCCCCUCUGGAGACCUUCAAGCCCUUUCCGGGGCUGCGAGCUCGCAAGAGCUCGAGUCUCUCCAAUGUCCUUGAUGAAAGCAGCUACCAGGACACACUGCCUUGUGACAACAUCUCCAACACCAGUAACCCCCAGCAAAUGCCCGAGGAGGAGCUGUGCAACCUGCUGACCAACAUCAUCUUCUCGGUGACGUGGCGCGGGGUGGAGGGCUGGGACGACGCGGCCUGGAAGGAGCGCGGCCAGGUCUUCUCGGUGCUCACCAAGCUGGGCACAGCCUGUGAGCUGGUGCGGCCCCCUGACGAGAUCAAGCGCAGCCUCCUGGAGAUGAUGCUGGAGUCGGCGUUCACGGACCUGAAGGAAUCGUCGCCGGCCGCCCUGCCCAGCCUCACCCAGAACGCCCUCAAGCUGCUGCGGCUGCUCCAGGACUUCUUGUUCUCCGAGGGACACAACAACCAGGCCCUGUGGAGCGAGAAGAUCUACGAGGGGGUGAGCAGCCUGCUGGACAAGCUGGGUGUGUGGUACCACCUGGCCAACGGCACCUCCGACCUCAAGGAGAUGGCCCAGACGGGCCUGCGCAUCCUCGUGGGCUACAUCAUGCUGCAGGACCCUCAGCUGCACUCGCUGGCCUACGUGAAGCUGCACAGCCUGCUGCAGACGGCCUCGGCGCCGCGCAAGGACGUGGCCUGCUACCUCCUGGGCAAGCUGGAGACCCCGCUGCGGCGCUCGCUGGACGCCAAGUCGGAGGUCUUCUCCUGGCUGGUGCCCAUCAUCCGCACGCUCAUGGACCAGUGCUACGAGAGCCUGCAGCUGCAGCACUUCUUGCCCUCGCUGCCCCCCACCAACGGCAGCCCCACUUUCUACGAGGACUUCCAGCUCUUCUGCGCGACCGCCGAGUGGAGGGGCUUCAUCGAGAAGCACGAGCUGGUCCUGGAGCCGUCGGCCAAGCGCGCCAAGGCCGAGAACAGCCGUCACGCCAACGUCCUCAAGCAGGCCGCCAACCACCACAGCACCGUGCUCAAGCAGUGGCACAGCCUGCGGCGCCUGCUGGCCUCGCCGCGCUCGGCGUGGGCCGACCGGAACCCACCGGAGACCCGCUGGAAGCUCUCCAGCGCCGAGACCUACUCGCGCAUGCGGCUGAAGCUGGUGCCCAACCUCAGUUUUGACCAGCACCUGGAGGCCAGCGCCCUACGGGACAACCUGGGAGCCGAUCACCUCCACAACCCCGCCGAGUCCCUCCCGCUCGCCGUGGCCAAGGAGGCCAAGGUGAGCGAGCUGAAGGACGACCAGCUGGCUGAAGAGGAUCUCCCCGUCCUGGAAAGCCAGAGCGAGCCCAAGGAGCAGAGCCAGCGGGAGAAGCUGGUGAUCUCGGAGGACUGCGAGCUCAUCACGACGGUGGCCGUCAUCACUGGCCGCUUGGAGGUCACCACUCAACACAUCUACUUCUACGAUGGCAGCAGCGAGAAGGAGGAAACAGAGGAAGGGAUCGGCUACGACUUCAAGCGGCCCUUGUCGCACCUCCGCGAGCUCCACCUGCGCCGCUACAACCUGCGCCGCUCGGCCCUCGAGUUCUUCUUCAUCGACCAGGCCAACUACUUCGUCAACUUCAAGAAAAAGGUGAGGAACAAGGUGUACUCCAGCAUCCUGGGCCUGCGCCCGCCCAACCAUAUCUACUCCAGCCGCCGCUCGCCCCAGGAGCUGCUCAAGGCCUCGGGGCUCACGCAGAAAUGGGUUCUACGGGAGAUCUCCAACUUCGAGUACCUCAUGCAGCUGAACACCAUCGCGGGGCGCACGUACAACGACCUCUCGCAGUACCCCGUGUUCCCCUGGAUCCUGCGCGACUACGUCUCGGAAACGCUGGACCUCAGCAACCCAGACGUGUUUCGAGACCUGUCCAAGCCCAUUGGGGUGGCCAACGAGCGGCACGCCAAGGACGUGAAGGAGAAGUACGAGAGCUUCGAGGACCCCACGGGCAUGAUCGACAAGUUCCACUACGGCACCCACUACUCCAACGCCGCCGGCUUCCACUCGGUGCCGGCGGCGUGGCAAGCGCGCAUGGAGAACCCCGUGGACGUCAAGGAGCUCAUCCCCGAGUUCUUCUACUUCCCCGAGUUCCUGGAGAACCAGAACGGCUUCGACUUGGGCUGCCUGCAGAUGUCCAACGACAAGGUGAGCGACGUGGUGCUCCCGCGCUGGGCCCGCUCCCGAGAGGACUUCAUCUACCAGCACCGGAAAGCCCUGGAGUCGGAGUACGUCUCGGCCCACCUGCACGAGUGGAUCGACCUCAUCUUUGGCUACAAGCAGCGGGGCCCGGCCGCCGUGGAGGCCCUCAACGUCUUCUACUACUGCACCUACGAGGGGGCUGUGGACCUGGACGCCAUCGCCGACGAGACGCAGAGGAAGGCUCUGGAGGGCAUCAUCAGCAACUUCGGGCAGACGCCUUGCCAGCUGCUCAAGGAGCCCCAUCCCGCGCGCCUCUCCGCCGAAAACGCCGCCCGCCGCCUGGCCCGCCUCGACACCCACUCGCCCAACGUCUUUGAGAACCUCGACCAGCUCAAGUCCUUCUUUGUGGAGGGCAUCAGCGAUGGAGUGGCCUUGGUGCAAGCCGUGGUCCCCAAGAACCAGGCCCAUUCCUUCAUCACUCAGGGAUCCCCCGACGUCCUGGUCACUGUGAGCGCCAACGGCUUGCUGGGGACCCACAACUGGCUGCCCUAUGACAAGAACAUCUCCAACUACUUCAGCUUCACCAAAGACCCCACCGUCUCCAACACCAAGACCCAGCGCUUCCUGCAGGGCCCCUUCGCGCCCGGCGCGGACCUGUCGUGCCGCACGCUGGCCGUGUCCCCCGACGGCAAGCUGCUCUUCAGCGGGGGCCACUGGGACAACAGCCUCCGCGUCACCGCGCUGGCCAAGGGCAAGGUGGUUGGCCACAUCACCCGGCACAUAGGUACGACGGCGUCCCUUGCUGCCACCAAGCGGCUCCUGGCCAGCUCCGGUGCCCUACACAGACCGUUGAGGUCUUCUCUCUUUGGCCAGGGUGGCUUUUCCAGCGGCCUGGCUCCCAAACCCGUCCAGGUCCUGUACGGCCACGAUGACGAGGUGACGUGCGUGGCCAUCAGCACCGAGCUGGACAUGGCCGUGUCGGGCUCCAAGGACGGCACCAUCAUCAUCCACACCGUGCGCCGGGGCCUCUUCAUGAAGUCGCUGCGGCCGCCCAGCGAGAGCUCGCUGCCCGUCGCCAUCUCCAGCCUGGCCGUGGGGCUGGAGGGCCAGAUCGUGGCCCAGAGCGCCGUGGGCGAGCGCUCCUCCCUCAAGGACAAGUUCGCCCUGCACCUCUACUCGGUCAACGGGAAGCACCUCUCCUCCGUCCCGCUGGACGAGCAGGUCACGGCCAUGUGCGUCACGGAGGACUUCGUGGUGCUGGGGACCAUGCAGUGCGGCCUGGAGAUCCGCGACCUGCAGAGCCUCCGGGCAGCGGUGCCACCCGUGCCCAUGCGGGUCCCCGUGCACAGCGUGUCCGUCACCAAGGAGAAGAGCCACAUCCUGGUGGGGCUGGAGGACGGGAAGCUCAUCGUGGUGGGGGCAGGACAGCCCGCGGAGGUAACCGCGGCCCCGGCGCUCCGGGUGCCUGCGGGACCGGGGGACGGUGUUGGUGGCCACUGUCGUGUGUCGCUGUCCUCUUGCGCCGCGCUGGCCGAGCGCCUCGACGCCUUCCAGGUGCUGCUCGACAGCGCCGCGGGGCUGGCCCUGCUGCGCGGGCGCCCGCUCCGCGCCGGCAAGCGCUGGCUCGUCUGGCUCAAGCUCGACUGCGGCAACGGGAGAGUCGGCGUGUGCCCCACGGACCCGGGCGCCCUGGCGCUGGCUCGGGCCAUCGCACAGGAGGCGCCGCGCGAGGUGGCCCUGGUCGGCGUCUACGCGCACU